AUGUCUGGACUCGAAAAGCUCGAGAAGUUUCAUCCUCCUGCCUUUUUGGAUGAUUUUGAGGGUGAACAGCUUGGAAGAUGGUCUGAGACUGUUGAUGGCUGGUUCGGUGACGAGAUAGCAGGCAGACUCGCAGGGAGGAAGAUUCUGACUCAAUUCUUCAACCCUCUUCACUUUGCCUACGACUCGUCUCUGCCUCCUGUACCCAUCACUUGGGUCAGAAUCAAGCAGCCUACGGAUGACGCUCGAUGGGCAUACGCAGAGGAUCCGGAGAAUCAGCGCGCUCCUCCAGGACGCUUGAAUCCUGAGAUUCUGAAGUUCCAUAGGAAGAACGAACAAACGGGAGAGGAUGAAGUUGUCGAGGUAUCUCAACAAAGGGAGGAUCGUUGGGUGAUGGACGAAUAUCUUGAAUGGUCAACCAAAAGGGUUGAUGGAGAUGUUCAAAUUGUGAGCUUUACUUGCGAAGGUCCCGAGUACUGGGAAGAGCUGGCCAAGCAUAAUCCCAUUCUGACCGAAACUCCCAUUGAGAACCCAGCAACCCAAGAGUAUGAGAGGAACAACAAGAUCCUCAACAUUUACAAGAAGUUGAACCCCGAUUUUGCACAUGAGAUCAAAGGUGAUCACCUAGUGGACGACAGAGGCAACUACAACAUCUACAACAGGUGGAAUGGGCACACCAACACUGGUACCAUUGCCCACCUCAUCCAAAUCAACAAUAGUCUUAGUGCUGAGAUUGAUAUUGCUGCUCAAGCCACUGUUACUCGAAGCGACUUGGUGUACGGAGAGCCUAUUACCAACAUGAUUACCCUUUGCGGAGAUGGGUCUGCCUACGGUAAUCCGAGCAGGAACUCUGACCCGACGGCAAGAGACUCUGCUACCCAGUGA